CGCAGAUUAAUAAAGGCAUCUCGACUGUACUUGCGUCAUUCGCAAAUCUUAUAUACAAGCGCAGGAGAACGAAUAUUCUGUUUAGCUAUGAUCUCGGCUCUGUUGUAUUCCACGUCAGCUGAUUUCUCUUGCGACUACUGUCACAAGCCAUGAGCAUACUUGCAGUCUUGGAACGGCCGUUGUGACGGUCGUAUGCAUGACACGCAUCGUCCGUUGCUUUUGCCUUCGUGCCUCGCUUGUAUUACAAUAUCGUCUAUGAGGAUCGUGUUUUAUCACCAAAUGUACGAAAUGUUUUUAGUGCGAUUGGUUAAUGGGUGUGUUUUUCACGUAUGACGUAUCAUAACAUUUCAUCGACACUUUUAUACGAUUUUUUUUGUGGCGUAUAAUAGAAACGAGUUUUCCGGAAUUCUACAUGAAACAGGACGUCCAACUGAUAAAUAACCGCGUACUGACAAUUAUUCUAUGUCCUGUUUCAUAAAGGAUGUAGCAAUCUUACUGGUUGUACAUUAUUAACACUCGCUUUUUUCCAAAUCAUUUCAUCCAAGGAAAAAAGGCGGAAGAUGAACACUAAGGAAUCUUCUCAUCUCCAUCCAUAUUAAGCAUUCUGCGUGCCACUUAUUCGAAAAUAUUGCAAAAAUACGCAAGUAUUUUACGGCUUGCAUGUAUGCUUAAUACAUGCAACUGGUGAUACUAGUUAAUUAAUUAUCUUAAAUUUAUUUAUACAUUUUUACAAACUUGGAUGAUUUACUUUCAAUUAUAAUUACUGAGGAUGAAAUGUCCUAAUGGGCAGUCAAAAUUCGUUAAAUCGCUUCUGCGAAUAAUUUAACUAUCACAUUUUAUUUGCGCGCAUUUUUUUUAUUAAAUUUCAUCAUGUUAAUACAUUUCUCUUCACGCAAACUUGUGCUGGCACUUAGGGCCGCGUAUUUCACGCACACGCAUCGGUGUUUAUAUGUAAACCGCCUCAUUACGCAGUCGAUCGAUCCGUGCACGUUAUUUAAGUUCGGCACAUGUGGGGACAGUCGAGAAAGAAGGGAAUGAAGAUGGUAUCUCGAAAAAUUAAGAUUACGACCGUCGGCGAUGGUAUGGUUGGAAAAACAUGCAUGCUUAUUACAUAUACAAAAAAGGAAUUUCCAACGGAAUAUGUACCCACCGUUUUUGAUAACUACGUCGACAACAUAUGCGUGGGUGGACAUCAAUUCGAAAUGACACUAUGGGAUACAGCUGGUCAAGAAGAUUACGAGCGUCUGAGACCACUAUCGUAUCCAAAUACUGAUUGUUUCCUGGUCUGCUUCUCCGUAAGUGCUCGUAGUUCUUUCGAAAAUGUAGCGAGUAAAUGGCACCCAGAAAUCAAGGCGCACUGUCCCAACGUGCCGAUUGUACUCGUGGGUACUAAAGCAGAUCUCAGAAAUCAAGAAACUAUGGAUAUUAUUCAUCCGCGGGAAUGCAGCAAAAUAAGAAAAAAAAUCCGGGCAGUCAAAUACGUUGAGUGUUCCGCGAUAAAACAAGAGGGUCUCGAGGAGGUCUUUCAAGAAGCUAUUAAAGCCGUGCUGAAGAAACCGAGAUCAUCGAGAAAGCAUUGUUACAUCCUUUGAACUGUCAAAUGUUGAAAACAAUACAAUCAAUCUCAAGCGAUUGUAGCUAUUAAGAUCAAUGUUAUACCAAA